CGUGGAACAUCUCCUACUAGUACGCCUCACAGGGAUGAUUACCUGGUUAGUUUUGACAGCAUGUUAUCUGCUGGGAACACAAGGCCAAUUACAUGGGGACCACGGUCAUGGCCACGGACACGAUACACAUGGAGGUCAUGGUGUUGACCCCUGGAACGUUCAACCACUGGAUCAGGGGCCAGGUGUAGGUGGUGCUCCCUGGGAUGCCAGAGCUGUCCCAGGGCGACAGGGACCAUGGGAUGGGGGAAAUGCAAUCAGACCCCUAGAUCAGCCUCAUCAAGGACUAAAUAGACUACGUGAUCUUGUCAACAGAGGUGUGCCAAAUCACGGGGGACCUCAUGGUCACUUUCCUGAACCAGUCCGUCCAGAUAUACACAGUGGUCACCCUAUAGAUUACCCAGAACCACGUGUACCGUUAAAGCCUCAUAUUGAUCCUCAUCUUAAUCCUCGAAAAUACGGGAAAAGACCGAACAGACACGAGAGAAGACUGAGGAAGAAUAAAAGGAAGGUGCAAAAGAAAAUACGGAAGACAAUAAAAAAACACAAAAGGAGGCAAAGGAAAUUAAAAAAUAAGGCUCUGAGGAAACACAGACGGAAUCAAAGGAGAAAACAGAGGGCACAUAGACGAUACGGAAAAUACUAGGUAUUAGUGGAAAUAUAAAUGGACGCCUCCGGAAUUCCUUUAACAAUCAUUGAAUGACUAUACGUGUAACUGUCUUGGCCAGUACAACCAAAGACACACUCAAGGCGAAAUCCGAUAUUACAUGUGUUUUGCUUCGUUCUGUGUGCUUUUUGAUAUGAUUUUUUCCUUUUCGUGUCAGUGCUACAGGUUGAACUUCAUAAAAUGUUGCAGGUGACUUCUUGAACUACCAUAAAAAAUUUAACGAUCAUAUUAAUGUACAUUUUUAAAGUUUCCAAAAUGUUCACGUUCACAACAAUACAUGUACAUAAAAGUUAUGUGUUCAAAUGAAAUGAUUUUUCUUCGGACAAAUAUUACUAUUAUAUUACUAUUGUAUUAAAAUAGCGGAUCAAUGGCAAGGACAACGUGUAGGUGUUUACGAAUGCAUUAAGAGGAGCUGAAUACUUAGUGUAUAAAAAGUGAAUGAAGGCAAAAUAAUUGUGAUUAUUAUUGAAUUGUUGGCAGAAUACGCCAUGGCUGCAAGAAUGUUGUGUAAACAUAUGAACCCUGGGAUGGCAUGUUCAACUAAUUAAGUCGAACAGUUGAUUUAUUAGUGCAACAAUUCGAUCUUUAUACCCCAUGUACUAUUUACAGGUUUUGAGAGAAUAAACUGAACUGAACUGAA